AUGGUGGAGAGACUAAGUAUCCUCCAAGAUACGUACAAUUGUUUGGAUGAUUUGCUUCUGUUGCCACAUACACUAGCAACCUUGGCCAAACGACACCAUGAGAAAUGGGUUGAGAAGGUAUUGGAAGGAUACCUGAGCCUGUUGGAUGUGUGUGCCACUGCUAAAGACGUCUCUUCGCUGGCGAAGCAAGAUGUUCAAGACCUUCUCUCAAUCAUUCGCAGGAGAAGCGAUCCAAAUGAGUUGGGCUUGGAAGGAUACUUAACCUCCAGAAAGAAGGUAAGGAAGCUUGUCCAAAAAUCACUAAAGGAUUUGAAGAAUGUUAGGAGCAAGCACUCCAUCCUAGCGUCAAACGAAGACAAUGAUACCUUGGCUAUUUGCCCCAUGUUAAAGGAUGUUGAGUCGGCUACUUUUGUAGUGAUGGGGUCUUUGUUGUCCUAUGUUGCUGGGGUAAAGGCGCAAUCGAGAUUUUCUUUAGUGUCCAAACUGUUGCAUGACAAAAGGGUAAAAGCUCAAGAUGAAGAAACAAGCAGAAAUGAGUUUGAGAAGGUUGACAUUGCAUUGUGCUUGCUUAGUAGUCACCAGACUAGCAGAUUUGGUGGUGCAAUGCCCCAUGACAAUCUGCAAAAUGAAAAAAUCUUGAAGAAGGACUAG